AUUCACUUUGUGAUAUUCUGCAUUAUGGUUUUCGCGUAUAAUAUUCGCGACUAAAUUAUACCUUGGAUCAAUAAAGAUUUCACAAAAAUUAUUAAUUCGAAUGGUUUAGUUUUGAAAACAAUUUGUUGGAUUUAAAUAAUGUGCAGUGUUUUCCCUGAAAUAAUUCAGUAAGAUAAAAGGAGUGGUUCUAAUAAAUAUUAUUCAAAAUGAGUCAAACGCGCAUUGAAAAUAUGUGCCCCGCAACGCAUCUUCGUGUAAUUUUGCCGUCACCAAUGGAAGCCAAUAAUAUGCCACCAACUUACAUUGAUAUCAGUGGUCACAACAUCGACAUUCCUCCCCCUCGGCCAGACUUCUCAGCUCCACCGCCAUAUGAUGUUGCAGCAAAUUCUAAGCUCCCAACGUAUGAAGAAGUACAGCGUGAAAAGCAAAUGGAAGGGGAGGGACCCCAACUACCAACUCACCCUACAAUAGCUGCAUUUGUGACCAUGGAACCCAGGGAAGCAACAGCACAGCAACUUGACCCAGAGAACAAUUUGCUUGGUACUGAUUUCAUGUUCCUGACUUCGUUUUUUGUGGCAUUUCUAUUCAACUGGAUUGGGUUCCUCUUGCUGAUGUGUUUCUGUCACACGGUGGCAAGUCGCUACGGAGCGUUGGCUGGCUUCGGUCUCUCACUCGCCAAGUGGACACUCAUAGUCAAGCACUCGACUGAACUCGCAUCCCAUGAGAAUUCCUGGCUGUGGUGGCUCAUUAUGGCUUUUGGUAUCCUAAUCUGUGUUCGUGCAAUCAUUCAGUACCUUAACAUAAAGCGUGGAUGGCGUCUGCUGUCCGGCACGGCUCAAGAGCGACUGCUCUUUUUCUAUUAAAUUAAUAUCUAUCUCGCUCGCACUCACUUCUAUUUCGUAUAAGUGUAAUGUGAAUGUAUU